ACUAAACUACUCGGAAGAUCAAUUCACAAAGUGGGUGAAAUAUGUCGGGAGCCGCAAUCAUCCGUCUUCCACCCGCAACAAUUACUCUGCGAAGAAGAAUAAUGCGAUGGAAGUCCCUUCUCUCACUAUUACGGUCGAUCAAAAUCCAGAAUAUGGAAACUUUAGAACAAUCCAAGAUGCAAUCGACUCUAUCCCGAUGGUCAACCUUGACAGAGUUGUGAUUAAUGUUCAUGCAGGGAUUUAUACGGAGAAGGUAACAAUACCACCAACGAAAUCGUAUAUAACAAUACAAGGUGCCGGAGCAGAAAACACAGUAGUUCAGUGGGGCGACAUGGCCAAGAAUACAAAUGGCACAUUUUAUUCGGCCACUUUCGCCGUAAAUAGCCCGUUUUUCAUAGCCAGGAAUAUCACAUUCAAGAAUACGGCGCCGGUUCCCCCGCCAGGAGCAAAAGAUAUGCAAGCAGUGGCUCUUCGAAUAUCGGCAGACGCUGCAACAUUUGUUGGUUGUAAAUUUUUGGGGGCGCAAGACACUCUCUUUGAUCACGAGGGUAGGCAUUAUUACAAAGAUUGCUACAUCCAAGGAUCUAUCGAUUUCAUCUUUGGCGAUGGUCGUUCGUUUUUUGAGGUAUUGUUUUCAUUUUCUCUCUCUUUUUCUUUGGGAUAUAUCCAGAAUUGUGAGUUGCACUCAAUUCCACCCGGAGGCGCGUUGACAGCACAACACAGAGAUAGCGAGUCGGAUGACUCAGGUUUUGUCUUUGUCAAUUGUAGAGUGACGGGUUCAGCGGCAGUGUACCUAGGUCGGGCAUGGGGUUCUUAUUCUAGGGUCGUGUUUGCCUAUACGUACAUGCAUAGCAUCAUCAUCCCAAGGGGUUGGCAUGACUGGGGUCGCAAAUCUAGAGAUUCGACUGUGUUCUAUGGGCAAUACAAAUGCUCCGGACCUGGGGCAAAAUUUGCAAAAAGAGUUGAAUGGGCAAAAGAACUUACGGAUGAGGAGGCUAGACCAUUUAUUUACCCUGACUUUGUCGAUGCGUCUCAAUGGCUCAACAUAUAGUCUAAUUACAUAUGCAUGGGUAAAACAUAUUUUACUUUUGGUGUUUUUGAAAGGGACGCAUUUUUUUCCGUUGUGCUUCAAUAUUUUAGAAUCAUAUAUGGAGAAUUGUAGAACAAUAUCAAUGAAUAAAAGAAAUAAGAUCAUAUAUCAGAUAGAUGCUC